CAGGCUACGGCUGCAGCAGUAAUGUAGUUCAAUGGACACUUUCAGUUGUAGUAUGCGUGUGCCUGAAAGAGACCGUUGAGGGUUUCUGGUCAAAGGAAUGGGCCAUUGAGCUAGCAGCAUAUACAGGGGACACGUCUAACAAGUCGUUGAACGCGCGCAUUAGAACUGUACUGCUGGACGAUUUCUAAGCCUCACGCCAGUAAUGGCAGUGAAGUCCAUGGAGUACCAGAUUAACCGAGUGACGACUGUGCACCAUAGGUACGAAGCGAACAUUCCAGCAGAUCAACAGUGGGGCGUGAUAUUUCCGAACGGCAGUGCCACGGGCAUGAUUGGAAUGCUCACCCGAAACGAAUCCGACUGGGCCGCGAACGCAUUCGGACAAACAUUGGAUCGACAUCGGGUAGUGACUCUGUCUUCCGAGUUCAUGGUACAGGACUUAAGUAUACUCGCUGGCCGCACAUUCGGAUUCCAAGAUAAUUACUUCGGAUUAUUUGGGGCAUUCGAAUCAAACGUCUGGACGUGCCUGCUAAUGGCGACAUUAGUGAUGCCUGUUAUUUUGGUGCUUAGUCGACUUCUGGAACGCAACGAAGGAAAUGUAAACCGUACGCUAUUUUCGCGAAUGCUUGUCCUCUAUGGCAGGUAUGGACCUACUUCUUUUGACACCUGGCCUGGAGCAACCUUCUUUUACACAAUUAUGCGCUGUAACGAUACGACUAUGGUUCAGAAUCUAAUGAGCGUUGUGAGAACAAUAUUGUUCGAAAGCAUUGAGGACCGAGAUCUUCCCAAGGGCAACUCUGGCCGCAUUUUAAUUGGACUCUGGCUGACUUCCAUCUAUCUUACUAUGAGCAUAUUCCAAGGAACGAUGAAGGCUAGUUUACUCAUCAGCUCAGGAUCAAGUAGGAUUGACUCUAUGAGGGAUUUAGUGGUACGAAAACAAGUAGUACCAAUCAUUUGGAGAGGGACCGCGUACCAUAAGCUUUUCCAGAGGGCCGACAUGGAUAUUUACCAGACAGUGUACAGCCGCGCAAUGGAGAAGAACGGUAUUUUACCUGGAAAUCAACUGUAUACUAAUGAAAACUUCAUGAAUGUACUCCAAGGUCGAGCAGUUAUAAUCAACGAACAGUCGUCGAUUAUGUACAACCUCGGUCGAAGCUGCGAUGCCCUUCGAGGUCACCCUGGAGAGUUCUAUUUCGCCAAGGAGCCCGUUUAUACGCAUGGACUUAGCAUGUCCCUCCGGAAAACGCUGCAUCCAAUGCUCAAACGCGUCAUUAACAAAACAAUUCGAGAGUUGCAAGAAACCGGAAAUAUUCGUAAAUGGCUUAAUAUUGCUAUGGCCGACUUUUUCACUUGUGAAAUCGUAAACGGAGCACCUACACAGGAGGAGCCCACGGUCUAUACGUUGGGUUUAUCGAAGCUAAAGGGCCCCCUUAUUAUUUAUGGAAUGGGGGCCGUAGCAACGUUAAUUACCCUGUGUGCGGAGCUCGCCUGGGAAAGCAAGUGCUUCUGCUUUAUUUGGCAGAACGGAAAACUGAUUGCUUAAGUACGCAGAAGGGCUUUGAUCAUUAACAGUUAUAGCUAUUAAUAACAAUCACUUACUAAGGUACUUACCCAUUAGAAAUCUAACAUCGAACUAAAACGAUAAAUGAGACUUAUAGCCAAUACAGACGCUCUUUCUAAUCACAGAAAAAUAUUCGAUCUGAAACUGCCCAGUCUGGCUGGCGUACGGCGUAUGGUUCCCGUGCAAUUUGUCCAGUGUGUUAUUAUCACCUGCAAUCGAAGUACUAGACAACUAAUAAAUACUUAUGAGAUAAACGACCCCCUGCAUUGUACGCUUUUACCAUUCAGUUGAGUAACCUUCAAGCAUGCAAUCCUCGGCUUAUACGAUAGUAUAUCUCUCAUCACUCGAAAAUUUUUUAUAAUUCUCUCUACCUCUCAGUUUUUGUCAGGUAGGGAAGAUGGUUUUACUUUUUACAAAAAAGAAAAUUCCAUACACCGGACGUUCUAAAGCCACGCUAAUUAUUCAAGCUGUGCAGUUAGCGCGAAAAGCGUUCGCGGUUUUUCCGAGUUUAAACUAAAGGAAUUUUUUCGCCAAGUUGCAUUACUUUUCACGAAAUCUUAUUCACAAAAUAUACGAUCAUAACAAACAAUUGUCUUCUUCGAACAGCUGACGUAUCUAAAACCUAGGCACUGACGAAGAAAUAUUCGAUCAGUUCUAUCAGGGGCAGAUUCGAUGAGUAUCACACUGAUACUUUCUUGCCCUCUAAAUACAGCUGUUUUUUGAAGAACUUCCGGCAGUCGACGAAUACGCAAUUGCCAUGAGCAAGCUCAUAUUCUCUAGUCGGUGCCUCUAGUCUUUACCGACUCUUCUACUAGGCCUACCCAUAAUAAAAGAAUGCGUGGCCUCGCGAAGUGCUGAGUGACAUGCUCGUAGAGUAACACCUGUUAUACACUAAUUCUCAAUGAGAACCUGAAGAGAUGUAGGCCAGUGUUGAUGCUGAAAGAAUAAAUGUAGCUAACAAUAUUUUGUUUUCUGACUGUCCUUUUAUCUAUCCAGAUUGAUUGAUGUCCUCGUUUCUUUGUAGCUUUCCACGACAGGUGAAAUUGGGCGAAAGCUCACUAACACUUUCUGCAUCUUGUUAAAUACCAUAUGCUAAAAAAUAAGUGCAAAAACAAAAUGCACCGAAGCUGGCAACACGUUCUCGUGUUGGAACGUAAAAGCUGUUGAAUAAUGAAGUAAAAUCCUCACAUGAUAUUUCCCUUCCCUUUCUAAGGUAUUCCAUU